GUGAAGCGCUGUCGUCAUGUUGCUUGGCAGGCUGAGAGUCUGCCUCUCAACAACCUUCUUUACUUUGUCGUUGUUACUCCGCUUCGAUCUUUUCGUGGUUUUCCUUACAGAGCAUCCAUGCAACGCGUAUCAGAGCGAGACCCAUCUGAGAACACAGCACGGCGAGGAGUUGUGUUUGCUUGCCUUGGACGGCGGUGGUGUUCGCAGGCUGUCCUCACUUUGUAUUCUCGACGAGUUGAUGCGCAAAGCCGACAACGAAAACCCGCCCAACCCCUAUGAUUAUUUUGACUUGAUAGGCGGUACCAGCACCGGCGGUCUGAUCGCCGUUAUGCUUGGCCGUCUCGGAAUGACCAUCGACGAAUGCCGCCAUGCAUACCUCGACCUUGCUGCUGAAGCAUUCGAGCUUAAGAACCACCCAGCGAAGCCCAUGUGGGGUAUCCCAUGGAAGUGGGAGCUCAAUGCGCGAUUCAACACAGAGGCUUUGGAAUGCGGCAUGAAGAGGAUUAUCCGUAGGGCAUUAAGACGAGAUCCCGCAAUUGAGAUGCUGUUGGAUACAGAACUUGAGAACGCGUUGCUCAAGGACAACCAGGUCGAAGUGCAAAGUGGAUCCGGGACGUGGCCAAAAUCCUCCAGGAAGCGUCUCACGGAGCACGCAACAGCUGUUGCGAGAUUCGCAAGCCUGAACCGUCCAUCCACUUCAGAAUCGUGCCAGACCACCACAUGGCUCGAGAACAUGCCUCAGGUUCGAACCUGGACUCACGAGGCCUUCAAUCCACUCUGCUAUCUUGAUAGGUCGGAAUCUCAAAUGAGCAACUAUGAGAAAAGUAGGGGGCGCAUACGUGAUGUGGGUAUCUAA